AUGUCGACACCGGAGAAUAACGACAACCCCUCGCCGCACAACACUACCCAGGCCCGCGGGAGUGUCGUCUCGGCGGAGGAAGGCAACUCUCCGUCAAAGUCAUCUAACACGUCCCAACGAAACACCCAGUUCGAGCCCAUUCGGGGGGGUACCACCCUCACGUCCAAAAUACUGCGGCCAAACGGCGGAGUCCACGGGGACACUGCGACCGAUCCGGAAGAAAGCGAAGUGACGAUGACCAGGGAGUUGAUCAAGUUCUUCCGAGAGGUCUCCCCGCCCCCUGGAAACCCAAUGUCGAGACCCGAUAAUGUGACCCUUGAUCCUAAGGCGCCCAAUUCCGCGCCGCUGCCGCGGAAGAAGGGUAGCUUUCGUUCGGCUCUGAUCCCAUUGUACCACCGCUUCCGGUCGCGACGGGAGCUAAAGAAGGCCAAGCCGGGUCAUAUUGUCCUACCUGACUCGGCGGUUGCGGGCACAAGUGACGGCGGGCAUCGACAUAUUGCGAUUUCCAUCCCGGUCGAACACGACCAUCUCGACCUCGUGGCAAGCAAUGCAGCAGCAGACCCCGCAGCCCGUGACCAGCCCGAAGGGGGGGAGGGCUCGGGCUCGCCAGGGCGUCAAAGCAAAGGUCAACCGCUGCGAGAUCCCGAUCCUAUCUCUACUGCUACGUCUAGGCGUCAUUCCAUAUCAACCGAAGCCUGGACAAACGCCGAGAUGCCACCACUCACCCGAUCCCCUGGCCGUCAUUCUAUCAGCGGGCCCUGUCAUCCCGUCAGCCCGCUUCUGUUUCACGAGACCGUUACAGCAACAGCCGGGAGCACCACCCCGCCGUCACUCCGCUCGUCGGUCGUUCUGCCCGGGUCGUUCCACGGUGCGGGCAGUGGUUAUGGUGGUGCUGGCGGUGGUGGUGGUGGCCAGGAGUCCGACUCAGACAACGACGUAUUUUACACAGCCCAUUCGAGCCAGGUAGACCCGCAAGGGAGUGACACAGGAUCACAAUCUCUGGGCGGCUACCGGGGAGACACAGAUACCGACGUGGCUCAGGUGCCGGUCGAGGAAGGAGAGGAGGAGGAGCCCGCAUACUCUGCCGGCGCAUCAUCAUCAUCACAAUUAGCAUCAUUCCACCCUCCCCCUUCUUCAGGGGUAAACCCCCGGGUAUCUGUCCGGGGCACCCCGAACCCGCCACUCGCCAGGCUGUACGGGGGCGCACUCUACGAACCCCAUGCUCUGUCAGAUAUUGUCUCCGCGAGCUCACCCGAUCCGUCGCCGACCUCACCGACCAGCCCCCAAUCCGCGCUUGCUAGCCAAGAGUAUUCGGAAGGCACUAGCACCAACGGCGGUCUAUCGACUCCGUUGAGAACGGCCGCGUCCGCUCAAAGUAUUCGCAGUCGACAUCCUCGUCGCGUCAGUGGCCUGGCGGAUCUCCGAGGGGCAACCCAAUCUCAGCCAUCCACAUCCACACCAAGCCCGGACACUUCUUCGCCACAACCCCCGGUUAGAUCACCACUCCGGGCUCAGGGACGCAACGGGAGUGGAAACGGAAAUGGGAAUGGCAGUGAAACUACAAACGGAGGCACAAGCAGCACCGAGAAUGGGAACAGUGUCUUGAAAGAGAACGAGAACGAGAACGACAACGGGAACGGACACACAGAACACCCAGCAAACACACUCCCUAACAGAAACAACCAAGGGGUCAUCGAUGACCUAGAAACCCGCCUCGGCCGGCUGGAGCGGUCACACGCGGAAUGGCUCAGCCGGUUGAUUCCCAUUAUAGAGCAGAUGGCGCAACACUCGGGAUUAACAGGUGAACAACUGUGGGUUGGGGAAGAGCCGGGGCAAGCGCAGCAGUCGACAUCCCAGUCGAGUUUCGACAUGAGCCCUGCUCAUGAACAUCCGCCUCAGCCGCAGGAAGAGGGGGAGCAUCAACCACAUGAAACUCACGACAGUGACUCCGAGCGUCCAACCAGUCACCAGAACGGGAGCGUUCAUGGAAGUGUCCAUGGUAGUAUCUAUGGCAGUACCCAUGGCAGUACCCAUGGAAGCAGCAGCGGAAGCGGCAGUAGCAAUGGCAACUCUAACAGAAGAGAGAAAGGCAAAGGAAGGGCCCGACCGCUGAUCAUUUGCCCCCCGCGUUCUUCCACCUACGAACCCAGCACACGCGCGACCACUUCGUCUGGAACAGACGGGCUGGCCGGCCAUGACGGGACACAUCAAAGGGAGAACGGGAAUGGAAGUGGUGGAAGUGCUAGGAAUACCCAAAUGAGGGACAGCGGGAUAGCCGGGAACGACGACCACAUCACGCUCACUCAGUGGUUAGAAGGGCACUACACCACCCACGCGGAAAGCUCACGGAAUGCAGCAGCAGCAGCAGCAGGGACAUCAGGGACAGCCCAGCACAUCCUCUCUGGCCCGGACAUGUCUUCCUCGGACCCGGACCUGGACUUGUCCAUGCUGCCUCCGCUGAACAUGACGCUGGCGGACUUUGAGGUGGGUGGUCGGGAGUGGCGUCGUCAUCGUGGUCCAAGGGGAAGUCAAGGUUUGGUUGGGGAGGAGGAGGAUGAUGUGGAUGGUUCGGGAAUGGGAAGGGUUACGACGGUCAUGGAGGACUUGCUGAGAAACACGAGAACAGUGAGGUGA